GGGCCCUUGCGCUGCUUCUCCUCCUGCUCUCCCUCUUCCGGGCUGCCAGGAGGAGGCGGCGGCGGCGUGUGACCGGGAAAGCGCUCCGCGCCUGAGGGGAGAGAGAAGUCUAGUUCUUUUCUGAACGGAUAAUUGUGGUAGUUGAAGAAUAAAGCAACUCUGAAUCUCCAGGGUCCUCCUUAAUUAAGAUGACCGACUCCAGGCCUCUGCAGGGUGAAUCGCCUGUUGCUCAGCUUGAUGUGACCAUCUCAGCUUGUGAAGACGGGGCAUUCCAAAAGAGAGGGCACAGAGCAAGAAUUCUUAGCCCCGAAGAAGCCGAAAAACUGGCCAGAGAACAGGUCUUAGUCUCUGACUUCAAACAACAGAAACUAGAGAAGGAAGCACAGAAGAACUGGGAUCUGUUUUACAAAAGGAACAGCACCAACUUUUUCAAGGACAGGCACUGGACAACAAGAGAGUUUGAAGAAUUAAAAGCAUGCCGUGAAUUUGAGGAUCAGAAACUCACCAUCCUUGAAGCAGGCUGUGGUGUCGGGAAUUGUUUGUUUCCACUUUUAGAAGAGGAUUUGAAUAUCUUUGCUUAUGCCUGUGAUUUCUCUCCCCGAGCUGUGGAAUAUGUAAAGCAAAACCCUUUAUAUGAUGCCCAGAGAUGCAAAGCAUUCCAGUGUGACCUUACCAAAGAUGACAUUUUGGAAAACGUGCCGUCAGAUUCCGUGGAUGUUGUGACCUUAAUAUUUGUGCUGUCCGCUGUUCAUCCUGAGAAGAUGCAUCUGGUUUUGCACAAUCUUUAUAAAGUGUUAAAACCAGGCAAAUGUGUGCUGUUCAGAGAUUAUGGCCUCUAUGAUCAUGCUAUGCUGCGGUUUAAGUCUGCUAACAAGCUUGGAGAAAACUUCUACGUCAGACAAGAUGGAACCAGGUCAUACUUUUUCACAAAUGUACCGAAUCUCACCAGGAUAGAAAACUGUCCACAGCGCUUGAUGAACAACUGAACUAGCUGUGCACACCUGGGUACCAAUUAAGCAUGAGUCGUCAGUGUGAAAGCAGGAAAGAAAAGGAUGGCAAAUGAGUAAGGAGGUGAGAUCACCCAUUAAAACGGAAUCUAAAAUAUAAGCCUUUCACACAACUAUAGCCUUACAAAGAAACCAAUUGGGGAACGGAAGGCCUCUGCCUGUUAUGAAAAGUUAUUGGCUUGUUAGGAUAAAGACAAAAGAACUAAAGAAAUAAGGAAUUUGUUCGGUAAAGACACCUGUUUAGGAGUACACUCUUACCUUGGAAGACUAAUGGAAUCCAUUCCGGAAGUCUGUUCGACUUCCAAAAUUUUCAGAAACCAAAGCGUGGCUUUUGAUUGGCUGCAGGAAGCCAGUAAAGGUAUUUGAUUUGAUUGUGCGUUUAGCAGAACCUGCUUUUAGCAGAACCUGCUCAGGUUUUCCUAAUGCUUGCAGAACAAUUUCUACACUACCCAGUGGCCAGUGUUCUCCCCUGCCUGCCACACCAUGCCAAUGUUAUUGGUUAAACGUCUCUUGGUUUGGGACUCAGUGGAGGAAAUGAGCCCUGGUGCUACCAAGCUGGUCACAUGCCCCAGAUAGUUGCGUGCCAAAUUCAGAAACAGGCAGGAAUUGUGGGGGUGUUUCAGUAUCAAGUGGGCCACAGCAAGGAGGGAGAAUAAUGCUAAAAGCCAAGUCUCUAAAGGCAGUAGAAGUGAAACCAAAGAUUGACAGAAACUGAGAGACUUAACACUCGCUUGGGGGAAGCAAUCUGUGUUUUUUUAGACAUGGGUUUCCCCUGCAGCAUUUGUGUUUUUCUUCCUCAAACGCAGACCUCCAAGUGUCCCUAUUUUCCAGGCACAGUCCCUGGAUUUACAGAAGCUGUAUUAUUAGGCAUGUGACUGCAUGUAGAGCUAGCCUACUUCUCACUUUUGCCUUUCAUUUGCCCUGUCCCUGCCCCAGAAUGUGGCCCUUGGGGUGAUCAAGAUUAGCCAACUCUCGGUGUUAUGUUGGAGGGGAUGCCGGGAAGCAG